AACAAAUUUUCUUUUUAUCCCCAGGUAUAUUCGAAUAGUUGGGACUCACAACACAGUGAACAAGAUUUUUCACAUUGUGGCUUUUGAAUGUAUGUUUACAAACAAAACCUUCACUCUUGAGAAGGGGCUAAUAGUUCCCAUGGAGAAUGUUGCAACGAUUGCUGAUUGUGCCAGUGUGAUUGAAGGAGUCAGUCGGAGCCGAAAUGCCUUGCUGAAUGGCGACACCAAGAAUUAUGACUGGGAUUCUGGCUAUACGUGUCAUCAGCUGGGAAGUGGUGCGAUUGUGGUUCAGCUGGCACAGCCGUACAUGAUCGGGUCAAUACGGUUACUACUUUGGGACUGCGACGACCGAAGCUACAGCUACUACGUUGAGGUCUCCACCAACCAGCAACAGUGGACCAUGGUGGCUGACAGAACUAAAGUCUCCUGCAAGUCCUGGCAGUCUGUAACUUUUGAAAGACAGCCCGCCUCCUUCAUCCGAAUCGUGGGAACACACAACACAGCAAAUGAGGUGUUCCAUUGUGUCCACUUUGAGUGUCCGGAGCAGCAGAGCAGCCAGAAGGAGGAAAGCAGCGAGGAGUCGGGGCCAGGGGAGCCCAGCCUGGCCGGCCCCCAGCUCGAACCCCAUGCCCUGCAGGCCCCCAGCGGCAGCUCCCUGCCUUCCAGCCCUGGCUCCGCCUCUCGCUCCCCCAACCGGCAGCACCAGUAAAGGGGGC